AUGAUUAACUAUCAACUGUUGGAGCAGACUCUAGACGAUGGUUGGAAUUCACGAAGAAAAAGCAUUACAUUUUUCUUGGGAGGGAAGAGUUUAGUAAAAAGUCAGCACUUGGAGCAGCACUUCAGUCAGUUCACGCGUCUGGGUGUCCCAGGCCCACAACCAAGCCUGGUCUUGGGGAAUCUGAGGGAGUUGCGCACUAAGGGCCAGUUUCAAGCAGUGCAAGAAUGGACGGCAAAGUAUGGCCGCAUUUUUGGAUUCUUCGAGGGUUACACGCCUGUCAUGGUCGUCGGUGAUCCGGAAGUCCUGCGUAAUGUGCUUGUGAAGGACUCUGCUAACUUUAUGAAAAGGAAGCCAUUCCCACUGGCUCCACGAAAGAGCCUUGGUCUGUUUCUAGAAAACGGGCAUCAGUGGAAGCGAAGCAGAUCUCUGUUGACUCCAGCCUUCAGCACCGGCAAGCUAAAAAAAAUGACACCCAUUAUGUCGGAAGCAGCGAACAUUUUAGUUGAGCGUUUAACGGAAAAGGCCAAAGAAAACAGCCACUUGGAUAUAUACAGCGUGUUUCAGUCACUUACCUUAGAUGUUAUUGGUCGCUGUGCAUUUGGGCUAACCACUAAAGCCCAAGUUGAUGAAACCGACAUGUUUCUUGUGAAAAUCAGGUGUCUUUUUCACACGAUGUCGACCACCAUCAUCGAGCCAAUCGUCAUGGCCGUGCCGUUUGUAUCUCACUUCAUCUUCGCACUCAAGAACAUUGUGUUCCUGUUUGGCAUGAAUCCGGUAGUUUGGCUGAGAAACAGCAUGAGGGAAGUCAUUCGCCAUCGACAGGCACUUGGGCCCAACACCAAUAUCAUAGACCUUGUUCAACUGAUGCUGUUUCCAUCGAGACCUCAACACGACGUGUGCGCUGAACUGCACUCGGCUCUGACAGAGCGCGAGAUAGUUGCCCAGAGCAUGACCUUUCUGUUAGCGGGUUACGAGACAACCAGUGCCGUCUUGGCUUACAUUUGUCAUGAGCUCGCUAAACAUCCAGAAAUUCAAGAACGUCUGCACCGGGAGAUAGUGGAACACAUUGGGACGAAAGAUGUUAAUUAUGACACAAUUCAGGAUCUACAUUAUUUUGAUGCAGUCUUUGAUGAAAUCUGCCGCUUGUACCCUACAGCAUCUUUCAUUGUCACCCGUCAGGCAGAGGAGGACAGACAAUAUGGCAAUGUGAGAAUCCCAGCUGGCAUGAAUGUGCUAGCUAAUGUAUGGGCACUCCAUAGAGAUGAGAUGUAUUGGUUUGAGCCAGAUAUCUUCAAUCCAGACAGAUUCAUGGAUGAACCUCAUUGUAAAAAAGCUGCCUGUACUUUCAUUCCAUUUGGCGCUGGGCCGAGACACUGUAUCGGCAUGAGAUUCGCAACUAUUGAAACUAAAAUCACAAUUAUCAAAGUCAUACAGAAUUUUACCAUCGAAAUGUCUGAUGCCUCAAACGUAAGUUUCAAAGGUUCAGUUGUGCCUUUACCAUCAUCACCGUAUGUCACGUGUCUCUGGUUGCUGUUGACUGUCUUUCAGUUUCCUUCCUCUCUUAAAAGCAGUGGAUUUGAUGUUUUGUCUGUAUGA